CUACCCCUACCGAUUAUGCUCUCCGCUGAUAAGAGAGGACUGCGGGCCUUGUCUCCUUUCCAGUCCCUCUCCUACACCACCAAAACACGAAAGCAAAAGCAAGCAAUGGCGGACGGUACUUUCAGUCCAACUGACUCAGGAGUUAGCAGGUCUUCCUCUAUGAACCGACAGAGAACUUCACACGUUAGAUCAGCUUCUUGGUCUUACACGACAGGCAAUGGUCAAAUCAACUUGUCGAAUCUCAACCCGAUAACAUCUGUUAUACGUGAAUUUGUGCCCAGUUUCGGAGCAAGUCGUUCUUCUAAUUCCCGUACAAGCGUUUCUUCUCCAAGAUCACCAAUGUCACCUUCUACAUUUGUGGAUUUGUCUCAAGUUAUGCCUUCAAUGGAAGCGGGGAUGACUAGAAAUUCAGCUCGUAUGAGAAAUGAGUCGGGAAGAUUUUCAAAUCCAAACACAAACUCUGGAAAUUCUUCGGACACCGAAGAACCGAUACCGGAACAACAAGGAAGUACUGAGAACCAGACAUCAAACAACGGGCGAAAUCCAGCGGAUAGAAUGGAAUUCCAAGGCACAAUAUCGUAUUUAGAAAGAAGUGUCCCCUUCGUGUUGUUGUUACUGAGCAGGAUAAUGUGGGACCAUAGGCUAGGAAUACUCGUGUUUAUUGGAUUAUGUGGAACAUUUCUUCAUGCAAAUAAUACAAUCAAAAGACAAGUGUCUUUGAAGGACAGAAGACUUUACAGAAUUUCAAUGUGGACAUUUUUGUUUUUAUCAGGAAAUGUGUUUUUUAUUUAUUAUGUUUUCUAUAACCAGCAAUUAGAAAACUGCCUUAUAUUCAGAAGGCCUAACUUCCACCGAAUGGAGGUUUGGAUGGUGUUCUGGUGUGUGGGAAUCACAGACUUUGUCAUACGCUUUAUCACAAUGGCGCUCAAGUCAGUUGUGAUUGUAAUGCAUAGAAAGGUUAUACCUUUCAGGAAAAGGGGCAAAUACUACAUGUUGCUUGAGCAUCUUUCUCAAUUCUAUCGUAUGCUGGUCCCCAUCGCGUUAUGGUUUGGCUACUUCACUGAUUAUAACUAUGGAGGAGAGUACUUUGCAUUUGUUGCAACGUCCAUUUAUAUUAUUCUCAAGGCAAGGAUGUUAUUUGGCAAGAUCAAGGAAGUUCAUAGUGCAUACCAGACGUUUCGACGUGAUGUGCAAUAUGGUUCAGUGCCAUCCAAGGAGCAAAUAAUGGAGGCUGGUAACUCAUGUCCGAUCUGCCAAGAAGAACUUGCAGAACCAAUCAUGCUACGCACUUGUAAGCACAUCUUCUGUGAGGAUUGCAUCUCGCUGUGGUUCGACCGGGAGCAGACCUGCCCAAUGUGCAGGGCACGCGUUGCCGGCGACCCCAUGUGGAGAGAUGGAACCACUGCAGCAUAUGUGCAGGUCUUCUGAUGACAAAAUAACUAUUAAUGGAGUAUGUUGAUAGAAUAGGCAAAGCCGACCCGAAUGCGACAUAUGUGCAGGUCUUCUGAUGACAAAAUAACUAUUAAUGGAAUAUAUUGCUUGGAGAGGCAAAGCCAACCCCAAUGUGACAUAUGUGCAGGUGUUUUGAUGACCUAAUAACUUUUAAUGGAGCAUAUUCAUAGAAGAGGCAAAGCCGACCCCAAUGCGACAUAUGUGCAGGUCUUCUGAUGACAAAAUAACUAUUAAUGGAGCAUAUUGCUAGAAGAGGCAAAGCCAACCCCAAUGUGACAUAUGUGCAGGUGUUUUGAUGACCUAAUAACUUUUAAUGGAGCAUAUUCAUAGAAGAGGCAAAGCCAACCCCAAUGUGACAUAUGUGCAGGUGUUUUGAUGACCUAAUAACUUUUAAUGGAGCAUAUUCAUAGAAGAGGCAAAGCCGACCCCAAUGCGACAUAUGUGCAGGUCUUCUGAUGACAAAAUAACUAUUAAUGGAGCAUAUUGCUAGAAGAGGCAAAGCCGACCCCAAUGUGACAUAUGUGCAGGUCUUCUGAUGACAAAAUAACUUUUAAUGGAGCAUAUUCAUAGAAGAGGCAAAGCCAGCCCCAAUGCGACAUAUGUGCAGGUGUUUUGAUGACCUAAUAACUUUUAAUGGAGCAUAUUGCUAGAAGAGGCAAAGCCAGCCCCAAUGCGACAUAUGUGCAGGUGUUUUGAUGACCUAAUAACUUUUAAUGGAGCAUAUUGCUAGAAGAGGCAAAGCCAGCCCCAAUGCGACAUAUGUGCAGGUGUUUUGAUGACCUAAUAACUUUUAAUGGAGCAUAUUGCUAGAAGAGGCAAAGCCAGCCCCAAUGCGACAUAUGUGCAGGUGUUUUGAUGACCUAAUAACUUUUAAUGGAGCAUAUUGCUAGAAGAGGCAAAGCCGACCCGAAUGCGACAUAUGUGCAGGUAUUUUGAUGACCUAAUAACUUUUAAUGGAGCAUAUUGCUAGAAGAGGCAAAGCCUACCCCAAUGUGACAUAUGUGCAGGUAUUUUGAUGACCUAAUAACUUUUAAUGGAGCAUAUUGCUAGAAGAGGCAAAGCCGACCCCAAUGUGACAUAUGUGCAGGUGUUUUGAUGACCUAAUAACUUUUAAUGGAGCAUAUUCAUAGAAGAGGCAAAGCCGACCCGAAUGCGACAUAUGUGCAGGUAUUUUGAUGACACAGUAGUUGGCGAAAUCGCACCACGGCGGCAUACAAUAUGUCCAAGGAUUUCAUGCGGAUAUUGAAUAGAAACAAAAGCCGCAAUGGAUAACAUAGAAGAAAAAAUCCAUAUUGGCAGAGAGCAGAUUUUCUAUCCUGCGGUAUUUGCCUGAAAGGAAGUGAAAGUUGUGAUUUACCCUUUUUACCAAGUAUUCAUCGCCUGUCUGCAUGGUUGACUACAGCUCUUUAAUAAAAUGGGGAUGAACGUAAAAAGAUUAGCGGGUUUUAUUUGUUGAAAUAUUAAUGAAAUAGAGAGGCAGCAAUUGGCCAACUCAUGCGUGAGAAUGAUCAACUUAAUUAUUUGUUUUUAUUUGUGUGAUGAACUAAUAAACAGGAGUUUUAAGAGCCUA